AUGUUUCCUUUAGCCUGGCCGUACCCCCCUGAACAGUUGAAUGGGUACUGGGGCCCCACCACCGCCACCAUCGACUGGUGUGAGGAGAACUACGUGGUGCUGCCCUACAUCGCCGAGGCAAUCAACACCACCACCAAUCUGAUGUUCUUUUUGCUUUCGGGGAUCGCCAUCUACAACACCAUCAAGCAGCGCAUGGACCAGCGGUUCGUGUGGAUGGCGAUGGGGUUCAUGCUUGUGGGCAUCGGCCUGUGGCUCUUCCACAUGACGUUGCGCUACGAGUACCAGUUGCUCGAUGAGUUGCCCAUGAUUUAUGCUACUUGUAUCCCCUUUUGGCUGGUGUUCUCGGAGUUUAAGACUCAGCGCCAGCUGGCGCGGAUCGGCGGCGCCAUCUUCAUGGCGGCCAACGUCCUCAGUUUGGUGUACAUGUACAUCUACAAGAACCCGACGUUGCACCAGGCCGCCUACGGGGUGCUCAACGCCGCCAUCAUCCUCAAGCUGAUGGUUUUAACCCAGCAACACGUCACCGACCGCCACGCCCGCCAGCAGCUCAUGAAGACGAUGUACUGGGGGGUGGGGCUCUUCCUCUUGGGGUACGUGUUGUGGAACUUGGACAUCCACUUGUGUGGCUUCUGGAGAAACUUGCGCCGCUCCAUCGGCCAGCCCUACGGGUUUAUCCUUGAAGGCCACGGGUGGUGGCACAUCUUCACCGGCUCCGGCGUCUACUACUACUUGGUGUACGAGCAGUACCUCAGAUUGUGGCUCCAGGGGACCCAGAAGUUCUACAAGUUCACCUGGGUCGGCGGGUGGUUGCCCAUGGUCAUCUUGCAGGACCCCAAGGGGUUGACCACCUACAGAAACGCUCGCAAGUUGGCCCAGGCCGACGAAGAAUUCUUGAAGUCGGAAAAGUCGCAGUAA